UAUCCCCUAAUAUCCAUAUAUUUUUUAAAGGUUUUGUGUUUGGUGGAGUUCAAAAAUAUUAAGUGCGAUUCGUUGGAUUCUGAGUUUGAUGCAUUUGAAUACUGCUUAUUGAAAUCUGUAAAUCGAAGCUACAAAUACUUGUCCCUAAAAGUGAAGCUGUACAAAGUACCAAUUACUAAAGUGAAAGUUAAUUUUGCUUUGCUCAAAAAAUUUAAUGGAUAUAAGCCGUUUUUAUAUAAUAUCACCGUAGAUGCCUGCAAAACUCUUCGAAAUCCAAAGUCGAAUCCCAUAUUCGGUUACUUCCAUGACGCAUUCAAAACUUUCUCCAAUAUGAAUCAUACCUGUCCAUUUGAUCACGAUUUAAUUGUUGAUAAGCUCAAUAUAAAACACAUGGAUAAAAAUAUUAAAAAUAUUUUCCUGUUGAUUGUUUUGUGUUUGGUGGAGUUCAAAAAUAUUAAGUGCGAUUCGUUGGAUUCUGAGUUUGAUGCAUUUGAAUACUGCUUAUUGAAAUCUGUAAAUCGAAGCUACAAAUACUUGUCCCUAAAAGUGAAGCUGUACAAAGUACCAAUUACUAAAGUGAAAGUUAAUUUUGCUUUGCUCAAAAAAUUUAAUGGAUAUAAGCCGUUUUUAUAUAAUAUCACCGUAGAUGCCUGCAAAACUCUUCGAAAUCCAAAGUCGAAUCCCAUAUUCGGUUACUUCCAUGACGCAUUCAAAACUUUCUCCAAUAUGAAUCAUACCUGUCCAUUUGAUCACGAUUUAAUUGUUGAUAAGCUCAAUAUAAAACACAUGGAUAAUCAAUUUAGUAGAGUGCUUCCCUUUUCUCAUGGCGAAUACCUUUACCACUCGGAAUGGUAUGCUCACGAUAUCAAGCGAGCAAUUGUGGAGGUCUAUUUCAAUCUUUACUAA